AUGUCUGGUCCGCCGAAUUACCCGCCUCCCCCAACACCUAGAUUCUUGGACACUUUCGAAGGAUCGAUCGAUUUGAUGGACUCAUUGGAUGAUUCUCCACAGUUUAGGAAGCAACUGAAGGAUACUGAACAGAACAUAGAGGAGUUGGGUGGCAACAUCAAGAAGAUCCUAAAGUCAGUCAAACAGAGUUGCGAUCUGGGCAAUGAGUACAAUCAAUCAUUCAAGUCAUUUGCCGAUGACCUACUGUCCUAUCGACUGGACGCCAAAGUCAACGACGACAUAUUAGAGAAGGGCAUGAUCAAGUUCACCAAUGCUCUCAAAGAGAUAUGUAACUACAGAGAAGUGUUGCACUUUGAGAUGGAGGCACUCAUUCACAACCCAUUGCAGGAGUUUGCAGAGAAUGACUUGAAGCAGGUGAAGGAGCAGUAUAAGAAGUAUGACAAGUUCAGUCAGCUGCAUGAUAGUGCCGCGUCAAAGUUGGGACAGAUCAAGAAGAAGAACUCGACAAAGAUUGAGGAGGUGGGCCAGGAGGUGACAGACAUCUUGCGCUCGAGGAUUCAGCACAGCGUGGAUCUGGCCGAGAAGAUGAAUGAGGUGCAGGCGCGUCGACGCUUUGAGUUCCUCGAGCUGUUCUUUGUCUACCUACACGCACAGUCCACCUUCUUCCACCAAGGUUUCGAGAUGUUCCGCGAGCUCGAGCCACACAUGCGCAUCUUCUCCAACUACCUCCAGUCAACACGCAAGCACUUUGAGGACACAAAGAAGAAGCAGGCCAGUGUCAAGAAGGAUAUACUCAAUAAGACACACUCGGCAUCGCUAUCUCCUCCAUCAAACAAUGGAGGUGGCUCGCAAUUCAUGCAAGGCAGGACAUCGAGCAACACUGCCAAGAAGGGCUAUCUCUUCAAGAAGUCCGACUACUCAUAUAGCAGGCGAUUCUUCUCAUGUGAGGAUGGCAAGCUAAGCUACUAUCGAAAUGGAAACGAUACUACACCAUCACAUGAGUUUGAUCUACUCUUGACAUCGGUUAGAGUACGCGAGGACUUGGACAGACGCAACUGCUUCGAAGUACUCUCACCGGAUCGCUCCAUUGUGCUUCAGGCCGAAUCACAUGAGAGUCUGAUGGAAUGGGUACAGGUCAUCCAGAACUCCACCGCCACGCUAAUCAACAACAUCACUCCAAAGGACAAGACGACGAAAUCAACAUCCACUUCAUCACCAAGCCAUUCACAUAAUACUAGUCAUAGUAAUAUUGGUGCACAUCAUGCGGACGAUCAAGGUAGCGACAACAAUCAGAGUGAGUCACCUCUGGAAAUCUUGCGCAGUCUAGAUGAGGCAAACACCAUCUGUGCGGACUGUAGUGCGCCCGAUCCAGAGUGGGCAUCCAUCAACUUUGGCUCCAUCGUCUGCAUCGACUGCUCUGGCAUCCAUCGAGGUCUAGGUGUACACAUCACCAAAGUACGCUCACUAGUACUAGACAGUAUUGAGCCAGAGUUAUUAGAUAUGAUGAAAUGCCUUGGAAACUACAAUGUAAACAGAAUAUUCGAAGCCAAUGUACCAAUCGAUAGAGUCAAACCAUCAAUCCAUAACACUGUGGACGUUCGAUCAAAGUGGAUACGAGACAAAUAUGACAAACGGCUAUUUGUGUCCUUCAUCGAUCAACCUCUAGAGGACCUCAACUCGAUGUUAUACCAGGCAUCUUCAGAAGGCGACCCAGCGUACUUGUUGGAACUGAUUGCGAGUGGCGCCGAUGCCAAUCACUUUGACCCAACAAAUAUGUAUAGAACACCAAUGCACAAUGCUGUGGCAAGCAAUCAAUAUCAGAACUUGUGUUUGCUGCUCCAGAAUGGAGCCUCGCCUACCACACAGGACAUUGAGGGCAAUACAGCACUGCAUAUUGCCGCCGAUUGUGGCAGUUCGAUAUGUUGCAUAAUGCUGCUGAUGAAGGCCGUGCCACUACUGGGCAUCACCAACAAGAACAACAAGACUGCACUGGACUUGGCCGUGGACAAAGGUCAAGUUGGCAGUGUUGCAAUCCUCCGUCUGGCACAACUACAACGCGAUGAAGGCAAACAGACAUUUGAUGAAUCAUUCGCCGAAGUACUCCGUGGAUUCUCCAGAGAGCGCGAGUGA